AAUAUUAAAAUUUUGAUUGUGUGUUUUUUUUUUAUGUGCUUAAAAUAAAAAAGCUUAAUUAUGUUUCUAAAAUUGGUUUUAGCCGUUAGUGUCUUAACAAAAAUGAAACUGAACAUAAAUCAAUGUUUAAUCUACAAAGGACAGGGUGGGGGUUAAAUGUGAGAAGAAAAAAAAAGCGCUUGAAAAAUGAAUAAAAUAAUUAUUUGUUAAUCCCACUGUGCGGAGGGUGCUUUGUUCUCAAACUCCUCCACAACCCAUUCACCCCCCACCAAAAAUGGAGUCCCUAACAAAUAAUCCGUCUGCAUCACAAAAUGCAACGGGUAGUGGUGGAUCCAGCCAAUUAAGUGGGAGUACAUCCCACUUACAAAUUACAAAUUAUGAUCCCAAUGUUGAUUAUGUAAUCAACGAUUACAUGGAACGCUUGGGUACACGAUUAAAUAUCCUGGAAACCGAAUUAAAAUACGCUUGGCGUGCUUUAGAUUUAUUAUCACAGGAAUAUGUUAAAAUGUGGGAACGUUUAGAGAAAUUGGAAGGUUUGCUGUAUGAACAGCAAAAUGUGAUUUCACAAUUAUUGGAAUUUUAUGCGGCUGGCGGUACGGUUAUGGAUUUUCAUGGACAUCAAGAUGGAAGUUUAAUUGAUAAUCGACUUGGUCAAUUGGAGGUGAUACGGGAAAUUUUGGGUAAUGGUACCGUGGAAGAUGGUUUAGAAGAGGGUGUUGAUGUUACGAGAGCAUCAACAACGAAUGUUAUUUCGACGGUUCCAUCAAGUCAGUUAGAUUUGGAGCUAGCGGAUUUAGGUAUGGAUGAAAUGCGAAUGAAUCCAGAUGAGGCAUUUUAUCGUAGUUUAAAUCAAGCAUAUCGUGAAGAUUUAGUUGAAGAUGUUAUUACACAAUCAAAUGAGCAACCACCUUCGAGACCGUCAUCACAAUUAGGUAUGAUUUGGGAAGAAGCCGAAGAAAAUGAUGAAAACAAUUUAAUAAUCAAAAGUAAGGAUCAUAGUUUAGAAGAUGAUGAAAAUGAUCCAAAUCAAGAAGUGUUCAGUGCCAUGGAUUAUAAAGACUAUCGUGGUAAUUCACCAUGUAUUAGUGAACACGAUAUCGCUCAAUUAUCGCGUAUUAGUUCCAUUGAUCAAGUGACAAUUGAAAAAUUACAUGAAUUAGAUAGAUUAACAACAAAAUUACAAAAGGAUUCGAAGGAACUGAAAGAUCUUCAGGAUAAACUAUUAGAAUCACCACAUAGCAACAAACAACGACAUAAUAGAGAUCUGGAUGUUGAAGCACGCGCAUUGGCCGAAGAUACAAGUAUCAUAGAUGAACAGCUUCGGCAAAUGUAUACAUCGGACUCGAUAGCAAAUGAAAAUUGGUCAUUUUCAAAUUCAGCCCGAGGUAUUGACGAACUAUUAUUGUUAGCAUCGAAUACAAAUAUCCCAUCAUCAUUAUCGAAAAAAUCCAAUUCACGAUUAUCAAUUGCCGAUAGUUUAAUUGGAACAGAUGCUGAAGUAGCUGAAACGUUAUCAACACCAGGUGGAUAUCGUACUCCAACAUCACCUCGCCGACGAUUACAUAUUGAAAUUGCAACGUGUGAUCCACCGUAUACAACGGUUACGGGUCGUUUAGCAUAUAGCAAUGCCGUACAAAAUGCCGAAACAAAUUCAGCAUCGAGUACAUCGAGUAAGAAAUAUAGCAAUGAAUUUCUAGAUUUUAAGCAAAGUCUAGACAAACCAUCUUCACCGACGCUGUCCAUCACAAGUCUACGUACACGUCAAGAUGGUUACAUUGAUAUUGCGACGAACGAACAACAUUCAUCGCCUAGCCCACCUCCACCGGCACCUGGUGAUUUAGAUUCGUCAUAUUUAUUACCGAAGAGUCCAGCUCCAGUCUUCCAACAACCUCAACAAUCACAAACGUCAAUUAAUUCACAUGAUCAACCAAGUUCGACCAGUAUUACGAACAAUCGUUUACAAAGCCCACGUAAUCAGAGUCCAAGAACAUCCCCGAAACGGGAUAAAUCAAAUAUUGUUGCUGCUAAAUCUGAUUCAGGUUUAUCAUCGAUGAGUGGAUGGUCAAGUUUAGAAAAAUCUCCGGGCAGUCCAAAGAAUUCACAAAAAAAUCCACAACAAGUACAUCCCACGCCAAUAUUUCCGGAGCAAUUUACCGAUAAUUCUGGUUUAUUUGCAAUGCGAAAUACUGGACCAUUACAGGUACCGGUUUGUAAUGCAAUAUUACCGGGUGGUCAUCAUUUAUCGGCAUUCACUACCGUGAAAUCACCAUGUAGCUUAGAAACAACGGAAGGUUAUGGUAAUUUUGUCCCUGCUCCAGCACCAUGUUCCGAUAUAAAUGUUAGUCCUCGGAAAAAGACAAAACAGUCAGAAGCACAACAAGUUCAGCAUAGUUCUCCGGUCACAACUUACGGUGAAUUUUUGUAUCGUGACGAACAACCGACAAUUUACUCGGUUGCCGGAAGCAACAAACAAGAAGCUUAUACUUCCGUUUACACAAGUAAUUCAGCCAGUUAUAUAGCGCAAACAAUUAAUUAUCCGGAUUUAAUUGGAAAUAAUGAGCAAAAUAAUCGAAUCCCUCCAGAGCCUAAUUAUCAUGCGCAUACGACAAUUUGUUCAGCAACAACCACAACGCCUUCUGUACAUACAAGUAACAAGAAAUUGGUUCGUGGAUACUCAACAACGACUCCAAUUGUUCAACCCCCACCACCACCACCAAGUUCGGAGGGUUUGGCAAAUCAUGAAGGAUAUAAAACAGCUAUGUAUCGUACAAUGUUCCCAACGGGAAAUAUUACCGAUGCAUUAACUUAUUACCCGACACAAUCAGCACGAUAUGACCAAAUUACAAAUCAAUUACAACAAACUAAUUACAACGAUCCAAAUGCAUGGUUAGCUGCGUCAAUGGAUCCACAGAAAAAGAACGAAGAAUACAUUGAUCCAAGACGGUACCAUCAAUUACAACAGGAACAACAAAUGCGUCAACAACCGAUUUAUGAAAAUCAACGAAUUAUCUCACAGCCAUACAUCACUCCACCAGAAUAUGACCAACAGAAUAAUUGGUCAAAACAACGUACUGAAAUACCAUAUUUAGACUUAGAUUUACGUAAUCGAAAUUUACAACAACCAAAUGGACAAUCGGAGUAUUAUGAUACGACUGGUGGUGUUAUUGUCUCACAAUCAGGUUACAUCUCAAUCUCAUCUGAUUUCAAGGGAGAUCAACAGCGACAAGAUUCAGUGAAAUCAAAUAAAAAAUUAAAACGUACAAGUACGCUAAAAUCAGCGAUGAGUUCUGUAAGUUCAUGGCUCCCGGAUUUACAUUUAUCACGGCGGCAUCGAUCUCAUUCGUUACCAUCCGGUGUCUCUAAGGAAGAUUUACAACAAAGUGCUGCGGCAGCGAGUUCUUCAAAAUCAAGUCAACAAAGUACACGAAGCUCGACAGCAUCGUUGAAAAUCUUCCGUGCACCAUCUACCGGCCUAAUGUCUCGUAAAUCGAAAAAACGUUAUGCCCUAGUAUCCACUGUUUCUGGUAUAUUACAAAAAGCAAAACGGAAAAGUCAAAAUUAUUCACAAUCAUUAUCUGAUCCUGAACAGUCGGAGAAUGAAUGGAGUAUAAGUGGUGGACGAUCGCCAAGUAUUGCACAAUCUGAAGACGAUGAAUGCGAUGUAUUUCAAGAUACUGAGACACUAUUUGCAAAAGUUUCAACGAAAAAAUCAUAUUCCGAAGAUUAUGACAAUGAAAAUAAAGAAAAUGAUCAACAAUUACAGAAUCAAGAUCAAUUUCGACAAAAUCAGCAACAAGAAGAAAUGUUUCAACGAAAUCAACAAAUGUUCCAAGAUAAUCAACAGCAGAUGUUUCAACAAUCUCAACAACAGCAACACGAGAUGUAUCAACGAAAUCAGCAACAAAUUUAUCAGCAAAAUCAACAGCAACAGCAUCAUGAGCAAAUGCUUCAACAAAAAAUGCAACAAGAGGCGUUUCAGAGAAGUCAACAACAAGAAGCAUUUCAACGAAGCCAACAACAAAUGCAGCAACAAAACUUUCAACAGCAAGAAAUGCAUCAACGAAAUCAGCAACAACAAGAAAUGUACCAACAACAAAUGUUUCAUCAAAAUCAGCAAAUGUACAAUCAACAUCAACAACAAUUAAUUCAACAGCAGCAACAAAAUCAGAUAUCUCAGCAAGAAUUUCAACAGCAACAGCAAAUGUUGCAACAGCAGCAAUUAUUACAACAUCAACAACAGCAUCAACAACAAUCACAGCAACCCCAACCACAAAUCCAACCCCCAAAUCAAUUAAAUCUAGGAUCAACAGUUCAAAGCAGUGAAUAUGAAUCAGAAUUAAUGUGCCCCGAGGAGGAAACUUCUGGUAAAAGUACUGGAAGUGGUACAUCAAGUACGGCACUAUUUUCUACUAUCGGUGAAGUCGUUAAUAAAAAAAGUGGAUCCGAGAAAAGUGAUGAUUCCACGACAAGUGAAACAAGAGGACCAUUUCCUCCCGUAAUAGGUGGUGCUUCCAUGGAAUUUGCCGUAUCUAGAGCGUUAGGUAAAUAUCGACGAAGACAAUCUUCUUCCGUAUCUGAUGAUCAGACGGGUCCAGAAGAUCAGUUCAUUCGUAACGAAGAUAACAUUUACGAUGAAGUAGCCCCACCACAAUUUGAACCACCGGCAAGUGAGCCUAUUGAAAUUGUUCCUCCAGCACCCCAACCACCUCAUCAUCCACCCCCAGUUAAAGUUAGUAGUCUUGAGAAUCAUACAACAAAAUUACAAGAAGAAACAGUUCCAGCUGUAGCCGAAGGAAGUCCUUCGGCAGCCAGUGUUCGAAUGAAUCGAUUUUUUCCACGACAUCAGCAAAGCUUGGAAAUACCACGAGAUGAUGAAGACACCAGAAGUAUCCAUUCAUGGCGAAGUGGGUCGCGUGUAUCGUCGCGACGACAAAGCACUGAAGAUAGUAUUGAUAGCGAAGAUGAAUGGUAUUGUUAUGAGUUAAGAAAAUUAGAAGAAAUGGAACGACAAAAGGAAUUAGAAAAUGAAAUGGGUGAAACGUUACAAGAAGUACCUGAAGAUGACUCUUUUGAACCGGAUGAAGAUGUUAAAGAGCGAAUGUCAUUCGUCUUACGUGAAUUACGAAUGAAAGUGAAACCAAGAGAAGGAGUUAUCGAUGAACGUGAAAUGAAAAAACAAACUGUUGUAUCAGCAAAGCACCGUGAAGAACAAAAGCGACGACAAUCAGCAGGGCAAUCUAUCGAUAUCUUUGCAAAAGUAACAAGCUAUCAUCAUUGGAAAGACGAAGACUUACCAGAAGAAGCAAAACUAGCAAUUCCAACACCAGAAGAAUUAGGUUUAACCGAAGAACAUUCUUCCGGUGAUACAUCAGGACCAGACAGUCCAAAUCAAAGUAUGGAUGAAUUAGAAGAUGACGAAAUUGCCGCCAAUGAAGCCGAAUUACAACGAUCACGUCGUAGUUCCAGUGGAUCAACAAUGCGACAAAACGAGCGGUUAAGUCGUGAAGGUUCAGUAAGUGUUCCACCAAGUGAAGUUUCAGUGAGUGUACGUGAAGGAUGGGAUAGUGAAGAAACGGUUACUGUACGAGAUGAACGACCUGGUUCAAAUGAUACCGGCACAACUGUUUCUUUACCGAAAAUACGAAUUGAUUCCAGUUCAGCAAGUCCAAAUGCAAAGGAUAGUGAUAAAGAUUCCGGUCCAUUGGGUAGUAAAUGGAAAUUAUUGAAAGCGUUAAAGGAGCGUAAAGCUGAGGAGAAGAGUAAUCAAGAUAAAAUUCAAGAAACCACGACCCCAACGUCAACGGAAAAAGAAACAAAUGGUGGUGGUCCGGGCGGCGAUGCCGGAGGAAGAGCUAAUGGUCAUCCUGGUGACAAUCCAUUCUACAGUAAUAUUGACAGUAUGCCGGAUAUUCGACCCCGGCGGAAAUCAAUACCACUUGUAUCAGAAUUGGUGCUCAAGACAAUGGCUGCAACAAAACGGAAUGCUGGAUUAACAUCGGCUGUUCCUAGGGCUACUCUGAACGAUGAAGAAUUGAAAAUGCAUGUUUAUAAGAAAACGUUGCAAGCAUUAAUUUAUCCAAUAUCAAGUACAACACCGCAUAAUUUUGUUAUGUGGACGGCAACAUCACCCACAUACUGUUACGAAUGUGAAGGAUUGUUAUGGGGUAUUGCACGGCAAGGAGUUCGUUGUACAGAGUGUGCGGUCAAAUGUCAUGAAAAAUGUAAAGAUCUAUUGAAUGCUGAUUGUUUACAACGAGCUGCUGAGAAGAGUUCGAAACAUGGUGCCGAAGAUAAAGCGAACAGUAUUAUAACAGCAAUGAAAGAACGUAUGAAACAGCGUGAACGUGAAAAACCAGAAAUAUUCGAGCUUAUCAGGUCAGUGUUUGGUGUUGAAGAUAAAAGUCAUGCUGGCCAUAUGAAAGCUGUGAAGCAGAGUGUGCUUGACGGCACAUCCAAGUGGUCCGCCAAAAUCGCCAUUACAGUUAUAUCUGCACAGGGGUUAAUUGCCAAAGAUAAAAGUGGAACAUCAGAUCCAUACGUGACCGUACAAGUUGGUAAGGUGAAAAAGCGAACACGUACAAUGCCACAGGAGUUGAAUCCAGUUUGGAAUGAAAAAUUUUAUUUUGAAUGCCACAACUCGUCAGAUCGAAUAAAGGUUCGAGUAUGGGAUGAAGAUAAUGACCUCAAAAGUAAAUUACGGCAAAAACUCACAAGAGAAUCUGAUGAUUUUCUUGGACAAACAAUUAUUGAGGUGCGAACCUUAUCCGGUGAGAUGGACGUAUGGUAUAAUUUAGAAAAACGUACAGAUAAAUCGGCUGUAUCGGGUGCAAUCCGAUUACAUAUUUCCGUGGAAAUUAAGGGUGAAGAAAAAGUUGCACCAUAUCAUGUACAAUACACGUGUUUACAUGAAAAUUUAUUCCAUUCGUUGUGUGAAGAAAAUGGUGGUAUGGUUAAACUACCACAAGCGAAAGGUGACGAUGCUUGGAAAAUUUAUUUCGAUGAAGCAGCACAAGAGAUUGUUGAUGAGUUUGCUAUGAGAUAUGGUAUUGAAUCGAUUUAUCAAGCGAUGACGCAUUUUCACUGCCUCUCUACAAAGUACUUGUGUCCGAGUGUACCAGCGGUAAUGAGUACUUUACUUGCAAAUAUAAACGCUUAUUAUGCACAUACAACAGCAUCUUCCGCAGUAUCGGCUAGUGAUCGAUUUGCUGCUUCUAACUUUGGGAAAGAAAAAUUCGUAAAAUUAUUGGAUCAACUGCACAAUUCAUUGCGUAUUGAUUUAUCAAUGUAUCGAAAUAAUUUCCCAGCAUCCAGUACCGAAAAACUGAUGGACUUAAAAUCAACCGUAGAUUUAUUAACAAGUAUAACGUUCUUCCGUAUGAAAGUCCAAGAAUUAUCAAGUCCACCGCGUGCAAGUACUGUUGUCAAAGACUGUGUUAAAGCAUGUUUACGUUCCACAUAUCAAUUCUUAUUCGAGAAUACAUAUGAAUUAUAUAAUAGAGAAUUUCAAGCGGAUCCCAGUGAUCCAAAACGUGAUCCGGAUGAUCAUGGGCCAGGAAUUGAUAGUGUUGAUUUUUGGCACAAAUUAAUUGCCUUAAUUGUAUCGGUUAUUGAAGAGGAUAAAAAUAGUUAUGGACCGGUAUUAAAUCAAUUUCCACAAGAGCUUAAUAUUGGACAGUUAUCAGCAGCAACAAUGUGGAGUUUAUUUGCUGUUGACAUGAAAUACGCUUUAGAAGAGCAUGAACAACAUAGAUUGUGCAAGUCUUCCGCAUACAUGAAUUUACACUUUAAGGUUAAGUGGCUGUAUACAAAUUAUGUUAAAGAUGUUCCGCCUUAUAAGGAUGUUGUACCAGAAUAUCCUGCAUGGUUCGAACCAUUUGUGAUGCAAUGGUUGAAUGAAAACGAUGACGUAUCAUUAGAAUAUUUACAUGGUGCUUUUAAUAGAGAUAAAAAAGAUCAGUUCCAAAAAAGCAGUGAACAUGCCUUAUUUUCAAAUUCAGUUGUGGAUGUUUUCACACAACUUACACAAUGUUUUGAUGUUGUAUCAAAAUUACAAUGUCCUGAUCCAGAAAUUUGGAAACGUUAUAUGAAACGUUUUGCGAAAACUAUUGUUAAAGUUUUAAUAGCAUAUGCGGAUAUUGUAAAGCGAGAAUUUCCAGAACAUUUAAAAGAAGAAAGAAUAGCAUGUAUUUUAAUGAAUAAUAUUCAACAAUUACGGGUUCAAUUAGAGAAAAUGUUUGAGUCAAUGGGUGGAGAAAAAUUGGAAGAAGAUGCUGCAAAUAUUCUAAAAGAGUUACAACAAAAUUUGAAUAACGCCUUAGAUGAUCUUGCGAUAUUGUUUGCUAAGAGUCUGGAAGAUAGAAUAACAACUAGUGUAAGAGAACUGGGUGAUCUAUUACUAUCAAUCAAAGGUGGUGGACAACCGGGGCAAUUACAACAACCGGCACAACGAAAUGCUGUAGCUGCGGACGCUGAUGAAGUGUUACGACCAUUGAUGGACUUGUUAGAUGGUUCAUUGUCAUUAUAUGCUCAAUCUUGUGAAAAAACAGUAUUAAAACGUUUGCUGAAAGAAUUAUGGAAGAUUGUGAUGCGAAUAUUAGAGAAAACUGUUGUCCUUCCACCGAUGACUGAUUCUAAAAUGUUCAAAAAUAUUACGGAUAAUGCGAAAAAUUUAGCUGCGAAUGCUAAAAUUGAAGACAUGUCCAGAUUAUUUAAGAACCACAUGACUGGCAAACAAGAUGUGAAGAAUGCGUUGAGUGGUGUGAUGGAUAUUUCAAAAGAAGUGGAAAAGAAUUUAUCGCCGAAACAAUGUGCAGUAUUAGAUGUAGCAUUAGAUACAAUUAAACAAUAUUUCCAUGCUGGUGGCAACGGUCUAAAGAAAACCUUCUUGGAGAAGAGUUCCGAAUUACAGAGUUUACGUUAUGCACUCUCGUUGUACACGCAGACAACGGAUACAUUAAUUAAAACAUUUAUCACGUCGCAGGUUGCGGGAUUGAACAAAAGUGAAAAAGGCUCAGUACAACAUCAAAGAUCAUUAUCGGUUGAUCGUGAAGAUGCUGAAAGUAUGUUAGAUGGUUUGGAGGAGCCAUUAAAACCGAAAAUAACAAGACGUCCGAGUCGGCAAGAUACAACACAAUCAAAUGAAGAAAGUAUUGGUGAAGUUUCUAUUCAAGUUGAUUUCUUAACACAUCCAGGAACCGGGGAGCAUAAAGUUACCGUUAAAGUUGUUGCUGCAAAUGAUCUGAAAUGGCCAAUGGUAUCGGGAAUGUUUAGACCAUUUGUGGAAGUCAAUUUAAUUGGUCCAUAUUUGUCAGAUAAGAAAAGGAAGUUUACAACAAAAUCAAAGGCAAAUAAUUGGUCACCCAAAUAUAAUGAAACAUUUAGUUUCAUUAUUGGUAACGAAGAACAGUUAGAUUUUUUCGAAUUACAUAUUUGUGUUAAGGAUUAUUACUUUGCAAGAGAAGAUCGUCUUGUUGGUGUUGCCGUAGUACAAUUAAAAGAUAUUCUUGAUCAGGGUUCAUAUGCCGAAUGGUUAACAUUACGAAAAGGAAUUGAAAUGGAUGAAACGGGCUGGACAAUAUUACGUAUCUUAUCACAACGUUCAAACGAUGAAGUAGCCAGAGAAUUUGUCAAAUUAAAAUCUGAUGUACGUCAAGAACCCAAUCCAGUACCCCAACAAUAAAUUUUAACUUAAAUACAACGCAGACAUCAGACUUACCAAAUAUUUUCUCAGGAAUCGUAAACUAAUUAACAUUAAAAAAAACAUAAACCUGUUCGUCGACUGU